CGUCUGCACAGCCCGGAGCUCAGCAUGCGUCCCCCGGGCGUCAGGAGCUUCUUGCUGCUGGCCUCCUCCCUGCUCUGCGCUGGGCUGUCAGCUGCUCCGCAGAGCUUCUCGCCAUCUCUGAGGAGCUGGUCGGGCGCCACCUGCAGGCUGUCCCGGGCCGAGUCGGAGCGCCGGUGCCGCGCACCUGGGCAGCCCCCAGGGGGCGCUCUGUGCCACGGCCGGGGCCAGUGCGACUGCGGCGUCUGCAUCUGUCACGUGACCGAGCCGGGCACGUACUUCGGGCCCCUGUGUGAGUGCCACGAAUGGGUGUGCGAGACCUACGACGGGCACACCUGCGCAGGCCAUGGGCAGUGCGACUGUGGCAAGUGCAAAUGUGACGAGGGAUGGUCUGGGGAUGCUUGCCAGUACCCAACUAACUGCGACCUGACAAAGAAAAAAAGUAACCAAAUGUGCAAGAAUUCUCAAGAUAUCAUCUGCUCAAAUGCAGGGACAUGUCACUGUGGCAGGUGUAAGUGUGAUAAUUCAGAUGGAAAUGGACUCGUUUAUGGUAAAUUUUGUGAGUGUGAUGAUGGAGAAUGCAUAGAUGAUGAAACAGAAGAAGUAUGUGGAGGCCAUGGGAAGUGUUACUGUGGAAACUGUUACUGCGAGGCUGGUUGGCAUGGAGAUAAAUGUGAAUUCCAGUGCGACAUCACCCCCUGGGAAAGCAAGCGGAGAUGCACAUCUCCAGAUGGCAAGAUCUGCAGCAACAGAGGGACUUGUGUGUGUGGUGAAUGUUCCUGCCAUGAUGUUGAUCCGACUGGGGACUGGGGAGAUAUUCAUGGGGACACCUGUGAGUGUGAUGAAAGGGACUGUGGAGCCGUCUAUGACCGAUAUUCUGAUGACUUCUGUUCUGGUCACGGGCAGUGUAAUUGUGGAAGAUGUGACUGCAAAGCAGGCUGGUAUGGGAAAAAAUGUGAGCACCCACGUUCCUGCCCGCUGUCGGCUGAGGAGAGCAUCAGGAAGUGUCAGGGAAACUCCGAUCUACCGUGCUCUGGAAGGGGUAAAUGCGAAUGUGGCAAGUGCACUUGCUACCCUCCAGGAGACCGCAGGGUGUAUGGCAAGACGUGUGAGUGCGAUGAUCGCCGCUGUGAGGACCUCGACGGUGUGGUCUGUGGAGGCCAUGGUACGUGUUCCUGCGGUCGUUGUGUUUGUGAGACAGGAUGGUUUGGAAAGCUCUGCCAACAUCCACGGAAGUGUAACAUGACAGAAGAGCAAAGCCGGAGUCUGUGUGAGUCAGCAGACAGCACCUUGUGCUCGGGGAAGGGUUCUUGUCAUUGUGGCAAAUGCAUUUGUUUUGCUGAAGAAUGGUAUAUUUCGGGGGAACUCUGCGACUGUGAUGACAGAGACUGCGACAAGCAUGACGGUCUCAUUUGCACAGGGAAUGGAAUAUGUAGCUGUGGGAACUGUGAAUGCUGGGAUGGAUGGAACGGAAAUGCAUGUGAAAUCUGGCUUGGCACCGAAUAUCCUUAACGACUACAUGGGAGAGGACUGGAUUCUUAUUUUCCAGACCAUUAGAACAAAUAAAUGCAAAAGAAACCAUGUAUAAUCACCACUAGGACAGGUUAAACAGGCUAUUGUAUGUUUUUCCAUUUCUGAAUGCCUGAAUGAAAUCUGGGUACCCAUUAGAAAUGAGUUAAGCAAACUCUGAUUGAAGUAACACAGAAAGAAUUUUUCUUCCAUAAUCAAAAUCACUGGUUCUCAAUGAGGGCAAUUUUGCCACCCAGAAGACAUUUAGCAACAUCUACAGACACUUUUGAUUGUUGCACUGGGUGGGGUGGAAGAGUGUGCUAUGGGCAUCUAGUGGGCAGAGGCCAGGGAGGCUGCUAAAUAUCCCACACUGCACAGAUGGCCCCCACCACAAAGAAUUAUCUGACUCCAAAUGGUGCCAGCGUUGAGAAAUGCUGAAUUACAAGGUUGUUAGAAAUCCACACACAAGAAAGACCAUAUUAGAAUCUAAGAAAAAGAUGUAUCCUCAUUUGUCAAUAAGAUUUUUCCUGGCUUCCAUAUGAUUCAGUAUUGUCAGAUAGUGACAAUGAAUAUAAACACACAUGAGGUAUUAUGUCAGGUUGGAGGCAGGGGGAAGUUAUGCCACCAGAUCAUGCUUCAGAAGGGAAAAGACUGGUCAUUUUUAGCCAUUAAGUCAUUUGUCUAAUCUCACUUUAAACUGACAAAAGAAGAUUAUCUUAAGAUAAAGGAAGAAAUUAUGAAAAAUGUACAAUUUAACAUUUUUAAUAAAUAGUGACAUAAGUUGUUUAUACUCUGUGUCAAUAUAUAUUUACCUACUAAUAAUUAACAGCAAAAAAUGACUUGUUAUUCAAGGAUAUCUGUUUUAGGUUCCUAGAAUUAAGGGAUUACAUUUUAAAAACUGGACAGGAAUUACAUGUACAGAAAUCUGAUUUCUCACUAUUUAAAUUAUUCCAUGUUAAUGGGAUCCUUUGAAAAAAACAUUAUCUAGUUAAAUAUGUGAUGGAUCUGAGAUAUGCAUCAAUUUCCCUUAAAGAACUCUCUUUUUUCUAAGGAUACAUUAUUUACUAGAAAUGUAGGGUCCUACAAAGAAGUAGAGAGGAGAUACUGUGACAAAGUCUUACCAAUUUAAAAAGCUCAGAAGAGGACCAAAAAAAUCUAGAAAUGGCUUAAAUAGAAAUUAAAAAUAUUCACUCAGUGAUAGGAACAAAAUUUUUAUUUUCUUAAUGGUGAAACUUUGCUCUGUAUGAAAUUCACAUUGAAUUAUGAAAAUGUACAAUAAUAGGGACUUCCCUUAUGUAUUUACAGUUAAAUCUACUUACACACAUCAGUUUAAGCGACCUUUAAUUAUUUAAAGCUAAAAAAACCCAAAAAAACACUGUUUUUUCUAAAUGUGAAUUCUUUUGUAAAAUCCUAGAAUAAUGUAGCAAAAUCAUUUCCAUAUUGUUUUAAGAUGAAAGUUUUUACUUGGAAAUUUUAUUUUAAUGAUGUAAAUAUUCUAGAGUCAUGGCUUAAACUUUGUAAGUCAAAUCACCCAAAAUAAGGAAAAUAUGCAUCCUCUGAAUUACAUAAAAAUUUAAUAUUGAAAAUUAUUUUAAGAGAAAAUUUAACUGAUGCUGAUUUUCAUAGUACUAAUAAUGUUUUCAUAAUUUAAUAGAUGUAUAAAAUUGUUUUCUAUCCUGAGAUUUAGGAGUGUGACCAUAUUAGCUGUAUCUUUAUUAUUGAGUAUGUCAAUUGAUAAAUCAGUUUUGUAAAAUAAGGGAAAUAUAAUUAGUCAAGAAAUAAUAUAGAUUAUAUUUUUUCCUCUAGCUAAACAUUUUAAGCCUCAGACAAGCCUGUUAUAAUUGUUCAGCCGCAAUUUUAAUGACAUGUGAUGAUGCACAGACACUGGAAUUCAUUACAUUUUCCAAUCAUCGUAACACAAAUGACUUUCUGAUUCCCCUAUUGCAGCAUCCACAUUUUUAUAAAAGACCAUGUAGUAAAUAUUUUAGACUUUGUGGGCCAUAUACAUCUCUGUCCCAUAUUCUUGUUUAUUUGUGUUUUUUACAAAUGUAUUCAGAUCCCCAUGACGGCCAAUGCCAAAAAGAAAAAGAAAAAAAUACUUAACUUUAAAAAAUAAAAAUUCAAUCUGAGCCCCCAGGCCAUACAAAAACACAUUGAGGGCUGGUUUGGGCUCAUAGCUGGGCAGAAUUUUGCCAACUUCUUCUCCACAGGAACUGCCCUUAAUUCUCUGUUUCCUCACAUAACUUGAGGUGUGUAUUAUUUUUCAUAAUUCUAUGUACUAGUAUACUUUAAAUAAUUCAUGGAAAGAUUCAUAUUAUCUUUUGAUUCUACUUUUCCAUGAACUUUUUGAAGUACCUUCGUAUGUUGUUAUCCCUUUUCAUUAACAACAAAAUUGCUGCUCUUUUUAUAUUUUCAUAUAAGAGAAGUGUCAACAAUAUCCUCAGCAUUUAUGUUUUCUCAGAAAAAGAGGUUAGAUAUUAAAGAAAUUAUUAUACUAUAGAGCUCAAAUGUGAUUUGUCUAAAUUUUUGGACAAAGAUGAAAAUAUGUCAUAGCCAGCUAUGUUCUGGGGUUCUCUUAGUUACAAAUUAUAGAAUCAAAAAUGAAUUAUAGCAUAAGUCACAUGGUACCUAAACUCUAACAAAUGAUUUUUGCUUGAAAACAGAAAUAUUUUAUUUUUACUUCUUUCUGUCUGCUAUGUUUCUUUUGUGUGUAUGUGUGUUUGUGUGUGUGUGUAAUUUUUGAUUCUAGCAAUGCAAACAUCAAUAUAUCUAUUAAGAAGUGAUUGCAUUUACAUGUUUUAGACAGAAAAUAUACAAUAAAAUUAAUUGCAUUUAUUUAAAGACAUAAAGUCUACUCUUAAAUAUGAUUUUGUACUUUGACUUUUGACUCCAUUACUAAUAUAGAAACUCCUUCUAAAAAAAGGCAGGGCAAGAAUGCUUUGUAGUGGGUGAGAGAAAAUAAGCGAAUUUUAUUGGCUUGUUCAGAUUUUUAGGAAGUUACAGUGAGAUUAAUGGCAACUGGAAAGGAUGCAGUGAGUUUACAGAUGGUGUUGGCACCAUCCCUGUCUGUCCAGCAAACCAUCACUGAGGAAUUCCUCCACAGGACUUUUCCAAAAAAAGCCUCUGUCCUAAGAUGUAAGAGGAGAAUCAUAAUACCUAUUGCCUUUCUGGGCUCCUUAAGCUUAUCUAGAUUCCAGCAACACACUGGAAGAAAUGGCCUCCACCACCUCAAAUGCAAAAGUAAUGGCAGCAGACAUUGAAAUUAGACUGAAUAGAAACCGAGAAGAAAACAAAACCAAAAUAUAACUCAGCCUUAGUUUUUAAACUCAACUAUCAAAACUCUGAAGCCCUACUUAGGAUUCAAGAGAGACAACAGGACCUGUGUGUCAGCAUGUAAGAUAAGAAACCCAAGCUAUGAAAUGUAUUUUACUCCAAAGGAACAAUUUACCUUCUUGAUUCUGAUAUGCCUGCAUUUUGGAAAAUAAUUGAGCAUUUAAUCAAUCUGGUAUCUCUUUGGGGAAGUAUCAAAUAUUAAUUAUCCCUAUAAUAUUACAGAGGAAACUUUAGAUGAAGUGAUACGUCUCUAACUUAAAGAAAAAGUUGUUUUUUGUUUGUUUAUUUUUUAAAGAAACUGAAAUCUGAUGGUCAUCCUGAAAAAAACAACUGUUUCAGUGCUUCAGGCAUUAAUUAAGCAAGUGGUCAGUUGUAAUAUAGAAACUCAGCUUCCUCUCCAAAAGGCAGACAGUUAGACGGACUGCGCAGGAGUCUUUCGGGCCCACUGUGGAGCUCCUUAAGCCACCCCAACCCCGAAACACUUAGGACAAGCAAACAUUUCGAGCAAGAACCUCUAAAUUCUCCAAGAUUCAUAUGAAAUAAUGCUCAGUUCCAUUUUACUCUUUAAAUAGAGUGGACCAUUUCCAUGUUUUCUAUAAUUUCUCCAAGUGAAGUAGUAGCAAAAUACUUUAGAAAGUAAGCUUAUUAGAAAACAAGAAUGUUGUCACUUGAAAUAAAACAAUUAAUGUUUCCAAGCAUUGUUGAGGGAUGAGCAAAGCAAUCAGCUACCAUAACAAAUCAGUGGAAAUAACCCUCCCCCACCAGAAAUGCAUGCAGAAGGAAUGGGAUAUUAUAGAGACUUGAUACAGUGGACAUAUGUACACGGAGAUACAAAACACACAAUCUGUGAAUACAAAUGAAUUCCAUCAGAUUUACUAUACAGAACACCAAUAGUGACAGAUUGCACUUACUGAAUAACAGCAAAUGUAAUUUCUGUGGGAAAAAAAAUAGUGAAGUCUUAUCCCAGAAGAAUAGCAAGAGAGGUAUCAUCAAAGAGCUAAAAUUUUCUUUGGCAUGGUAAGGGGGAAAAUUGAGUUUACCAACUUAUUUACAUGACAAUUCUCUAUAUUUGUGUGUGAUGCAAUGCCGUUUUGUUACAUAAAGUUGUUUGAUGUUUUUUAAUAUGCUUUCAUAUAAAUAUUUUAUUCAAUAUGUUGUAUUUGUCAAAUACAACAAAUGAUAUUAAACACAGAAACUGUACAAUGCAGACAAACUCUUGGUAUGUAAAUUGAGUAAUACAUACUAACAGUUCUUGAUACACAUGUCCUACCACAUGCAGUUCGUGAGUGCUGCCCUCUUCCCAUGCAACAGGUGAGACCAGACACAAAGGAAAUGAGCUAACUAAAUUACACACAAGGACCUCUCAGCAAUGUGUCUAAACGUAUAUUAGAAGAAAGUAUUUUGACAUCCAUUCAUAGGGAUUAAUGCCCUUAGAGACAACCCAUAUAAAAAACAAAACAGAGGUGCACAUUUACAUAAAUCUCAGUAAUUUACAAAAAUAAAUCUUGUCUUAAUUUCAACCAAUAAACAGGCUUGCAGGAGAGAAAGAAACCAGCAAGCAGGGCUGAUUAUCAAAUACAAAUAGUUGGGUUUGUUAGGUGUGUGUGUGUGUGUGUGUGUGUGUGUGUGCGCACGCGCGUGUGCGCGCGCACAUGUAGUGGUGUGUGUAUAAGCCCAUCUAAUUGGAUUUACAAGUUAAAUUAUUCUUAGGUUGCCACUUAUUAUGGGAUAUGUGUCUUCCCUAAAUAGUUAAUGUAGUUUGUCUAAAAUAUUUUAAAUUAUCCUGUUAAAAACAAUAGGCUUUAAAAUGGCAUAACCUCAAAUCAAUAAUGGUGAAAGGGAUCAUUUUAUUGUAUCUGUAAUUUAGCAUUAUUGACAGUAAAUCUAUUCAAAUGUUA